AUGGGAAUACCGGAAUACUUUACACUAGAAACUUUAUACAUAGAGAAUGUUGAGAUGACAAAUAUUUCUGAAAAUUUGUUCAGAGGUCUUACUAUUAAUUCUGAAUUACGAGCUAGUGAUUAUAAACUUUGUUGCCCACAAAUAUUAAAUCCAAAUAUUUCAGCAGACAAAUGUCAUGCGCCUGCAGAUGUCAUCUCUUCAUGUAAACAUCUCGUUGGUGACAUUGUAAAAAGAAUUACCAUCUGGACCGUAGGACUUAUAACCCUAGUCGCAAAUGGCAUUGUGUUGGUCUAUAGAAUUGGAUGGAACAGAGAGAUAUUUAAAAAAGCUUAUGGACUAUUUGUAUCUGGUCUGGCUGUUUCAGAUUUUAUUAUGGGAAUGUAUUUACUAUUGAUAGCUAUUGUAGAUAUUCAUUAUAAAGAUAUUUAUGUAUUAGAAGAUGUUAAAUGGAGACAAAGUGUUUUGUGUCAAGUGGCGGGCUUUAUGUCAACGCUCUCAAGUGAAACGUCUACAUUUUUUAUUUGUCUCAUAACAAUAGACCGCUUCCUGAAAAUUACUUUUCCAUUCGGUCAACAUAGAUUUACAAAUACAGGUAAAAAAUUAUCUUUUACAUUGGUUUGGCUCAUUGGAAUUUUGUUGGCGGUGCUUCCCAUUCUUUCAAAAGAAUGGGAAAUUUAUUCUUCCAAUGGUUUGUGUCUGGCAUUACCGUUCAGCUCAAAAUAUCAUAAAGGCUGGAUAUUCUCUUUUGUUAUUUUCGUUGUAUUAAAUUUCAUUUUCUUUCUUUUCAUAGCUUUAGGUCAAAUUUUAAUUUUCGCGAACAUUUUAAGUAUAAAGAAUAAAGUGAAAAAUGCCAACAACGAUAAAAACAGACGGGCACAAGAUUAUAAUAUCGCCAAAAAACUUGCUUUGGUGGCACUGACCGAUUUCAUGUGCUGGUUUCCUGUAGGAAUACUUGGAUUUCUAAGUCUAAACGGCUACAUCUUUGAGCGUGAAGUUUACGCCUGGGUCGUAGUUUUUGUGCUGCCAAUAAAUUCAGCACUUAAUCCAAUGAUUUACACACUCCUUGCCAUCUAUGAAAAAUGUAGGACAAUUUAA